UAACGCUGACGCCACUGCAGACGUCAGCGGAACCCAGCUGGGAAAGCUGACGCCAUCGCUGCGGUCACUGACACGACUUCAUCUCCUUAACGAAAGUCGCACGCAGGUUUUCCUUUUCUUCUUUCUUGACAGUGAAGAACAGAUAAGAAGUUCCUCUAGAGCAUCUGAAAGAAUAUUCUUUCUAGAGCGUAUUAAUGGCUAGUUCCACUGAACCAUCGUCAUCUUUGAGCUUUACUUCAUCUUCCCAUUUAUCGAAUGGCUCAUUUAGCCAUGCUAAACCAUCCCCCUCUGGCCUUGAACCGGGUCCUAGCCUUGAAGAAGUCCUUAGUUUAAGCAAGCUCAGUUCUAAUUUGGAACAGCUAUUGGUUGAUCCAAGUUGUGAUUAUAGCGAUGCGCAUAUAAUUGUAGAGGGAAUUCCAGUUGGUGUUAACCGAUGUAUUUUGGCUGCUAGAAGUAGGUUUUUCCAUCAACUGUUUCAGCGAGAGAAGGGAUCUGCUGAGAAGGAAGGGAAACCCAAGUAUUUGAUAAGUGAUUUGUUGCCUUAUGGCAAGGUUGGAUAUGAGGCAUUUCUCGUUUUCUUGAGCUAUUUGUAUACGGCGAAGCUGAAGAAUUCUCCAGUGGAGGUGUCAACUUGUGUUGACAAUGUUUGUGUCCAUGAUUCAUGUAGACCCGCUAUUAAUUUUGCGGUGGAAUUGAUGUACGCCUCUUCUGUUUUUCAGAUACCAGAGCUGGUUUCACUUUUGCAGCGACGUUUCCUUAACUUUGUUGCGAAGGCUGUUGUAGAAGAUGUCAUCCCAAUCCUCGUGGUUGCUUUCCAUUGUCAAUUGAGUCAGGUUGUCACCCAAUGUGUUAAUAGGGUAGCACGAUCAGAUCUUGACAGCAUCUCUCUUGAGAAAGAGCUACCUUAUGAAAUUGCAGAGAACAUUAAAUUGCUUCGUCUCAAGUCCAAGCCUGAUGAUGAACAUGAUAUAGAAGCUGAGGAACCCUUGCGUGAAAAGAGAAUCAGGAGAGUACACAAGGCAUUAGACUCUGAUGAUGUUGAACUAGUGAAACUUCUCCUGACUGAGUCUGAUACAACCUUAGAUGAAGCCAAUGCUCUCCAUUAUUCUGUAGCAUACUGUGAUCCUAAGGUUGUGACCGAGGUGCUUGGUCUGGGUUUGGCCAAUGUCAACCUUCGAAAUAAUCGGGGUUACACAGUACUCCAAAUAGCUGCAAGGCGUAAGGAACCAUCAAUAAUAGUAUCACUUCUGACUAAAGGAGCUUGUGCAUUAGAAUUGACAUUGGAUGGUCAGAGUUCUGUUAGUAUUUGCCGGAGGUUGACAAGGCCAAAGGAUUAUCAUGCAAAAACAGAGCAGGGGCAGGAAGCAAACAAGGACCGGUUAUGCAUUGAUGUUCUAGAGAGAGAAAUGCGAAGGAAUCCAAUGGGCGGAGAUGCACUUAUUUCUUCCCAAACAGUUGCAGAUGAUCUGCACAUGAAGUUGCUGUACCUGGAAAACCGAGUGGCAUUUGCAAGAUUGUUUUUCCCAACUGAGGCUAAGGUAGCCAUCCACAUUGCACAUGCUGAGACAACAUCUGAGUUUGCUGGUCUUUCUGCACCGAAACGUUCAAGUGGGAAUCUGAGGGAGGUUGAUUUGAAUGAGACUCCAGUUAUGCAGAACAAGAGACUGCUCUCUCGGAUGGAAGCCCUUAUGAAAACAGUGGAGAUGGGUCGACGCUAUUUUCCUCAUUGCUCAGAAGUGCUGGAUAAGUUCAUGGACGAUGACCUCCCCGAUUUGUUUUACCUUGAGAAGGGCACCCCGGUUGAGCAGAGAAUCAAGAGGAGGCGCUUCAUGGAGCUCAAAGAGGAAGUUCAGAAGGCAUUUGAUAAGGACAAGGCUGGGUCGGGUCGCUCUGGAUUGUCUUCCUCAUCAUCCUCGUCUUCUCCAAAAGAUGGUGUAAAUUAUAAGGUUAGGAAAUAGUGAAGGCUUGCAAAUUUAGUCUCGGUAAGGCUGAUGAUGAAAUAGCAAAUUCUUUUGAAAAAUAUACUGGUGUGAGCGUGAGCCUCAUAAAUGUUGGCUCAUUGUGUCUAUAAGCAAGCAAAAAAUUGUUCUACUUUUGAAUUUUUGUAGAAAAUGGUGAUCUUAACAGUUGGGAGUUUCUUGAAAGAAAGAAUUUUGCAGUCGUUCUUUUUAUUUA